UUGGGAUACUCAUUCACAGUUUGGAGCUGAAGGCAGUGGGUUUAAUUUAAUUUGCUAAAACAAAUUGUGAAUCAUGGAUGCCGAAAGUGGACCUUCUACUCAGCAAAAGCCAGGACGCAUGGAUACUAAAACAUAUUAUUUUACGACUUUUAAUAGUUCUAUGAACAUUAUAUGCCAUACUUUAAUAGGUAUUGUGGUUGGUGUAGUCGUGGUCUAUGCGUUAACUUUACCAAGUGGGAAAACUAAGGAUCACAUCAUAUUAUGCGUCGUUGGGUACCAACUGUUGAUGGCCCAAGCCAUUUUGAGUCUGUCCCCCCACAAUGGGUGGUCUGCCCACCUGAAGCUUGUGGACAAGAAGCGUGCCCACUGGAUCCUGCAAACCGUGGGCUCUGUACUGGCCAUUGCAGGCAGUUUCCUUAAAAUCUCUGACAAGAACGUCCAUUGGAAUACAAAGCAUGGAAUCUUUUCCUUGGUCGCCCUGGUCUUCACAGUGAUAAGUCUCGUCAACGGGCUGACGUCACUAUAUGCUUACGAGUUCCGACGAUUCCUGCCCUCAACUCUUUCGAAGCUGACUCACAUUUGUGCCGGCUCAGUAGCCUUCGCGGCUGCAUGCGUCAGCCUCUGUUACGGCAUGGACAAGGGCAUGUUCUCAAACUGGCUCGGCGGCAACAUAGCCAACAUCCUCAUCGGAUUCAGCGCUUUCUUCACCUUCCUCAUCAUCGCGCAACCAUUGAUUACCUUCUACAACAAACUAAAGAAUUUGUAAUUUUAAAGUACGGUAUUAUCUGUAAAUAUAUUCGAGAUCUAUAGGUUUUAUAAAAUGUUUUGUAAAUAUUACAAUACAAUACACUACACUAAGACUGCAUAAUACUUUCAAAAUAAUACAGUUGCUUUUUUCGCUAAAUCGACACUGAUUAAAUCGAAUCAUAAUUACCUAAAUGACGAUAAGAUCGAUAAUUGUUAGUGUAAUGCAAUCAAAUGAGAAGCGAUAAGGAUUUUGUAUAGUUAUCAGAUUCAUUUAUUUUUUAUACAAAAAUAAGAUACUCUUAGUUUUAAGAUAAUUGUUUUAUAAUUAUGUUUAAUAUACGUAUAAAAGAAAA